AUGGGUGUGCUCCUGGUCUCAGUCGGCCAGGCUGGCAACGCGGUGGCCGGCGAGGUGUGGAAGGUGCUGAGGCCAGUCCUGGGCCCACACGCCGCGCUGUGGACGUACGCCGAGGACGGUGCGGUCCGGGCGGUGGCAGUCGACUCAGAGCCCAAGGUGGUUGCUGCGCUUUCGAGCGAUGCCCGCCCCAAGCCGCGAUCGGUGGUGGUUGGCCAGUCGGGUCGCGGCAACAACUGGGCGUUCGGCUAUGCGGGCCUGCCGGGCGACAACCUGCUCGAUCGCGCCCUCGAAGCCAUCCGUGUCGAGAUCGAAGCUGCUGCCUUUGUCGGCGCCAUCUUUGUUCUGCAUGCCAUCGGCGGUGGCACCGGCUCGGGACUCGGUUCGGCUUUGCUUGGCUCGAUUCGCCAGGACUACCCGUCGACCCCGCUGUUCUCGGUCGCCAUCGCCCCGUUUGCCACGGGCGACACGCCGCUGCAGCACUACAACUCGAUUUUGUGUCUCGCACACGCUCAAGCUUUCGCCGACGGCAUCAUCUACUGCGCCAAUGACGCGGCCGCGCGCGCACUUGCGCCACCGGCAGACGCUGCGUCGUCGUCGUCGGCGGUACGGCGGGCGCCCAAGGUUGCCAUGACAGACAUCAAUCGCCACUUUGGCACCGGCCUCGCCUCCAUCCUUGCACCGCGCGUGCUGAGUAGGGCCGGUGGCUCGUCGAGCGAUGCCCACAUUCCCGGCGCUGACAUGAUUGCCUUCCGUCCGCUGGACUUGCUGGGCACCACCUUUGCGCAUCCGGCAUACAAGCUCGCCCACCUGUGCGUCGGCGUGGAGCCGGCUCGCAAGGCUGCUAUCUUUGAUACUGACUCGUGGACAAAGCUAGCCAGGCGUGCGGCGCGGGCGCUGCCAAAGUACGACGUCAACGGCUGUCCUGGUCUCACCUUGGCCGCCAGCGUUUAUGCGCGCGGCGUGCCGGGCAAGUCGUGGGUCAAAGGCAGCAAGCGGGCGCUGGCUGCCCUCGGCGGAUGGUACCAGCCAGUGGCGUGGAACCCGUAUUGCUUUGACGCACUCGCAUCGGUCGAGAGUAUAGUGCGCCCAGCGCGGCCGAACUUGGCGGUUCUGUGGAACCAUACCAAUCUUGGGAGCGAGCUUCAGCGGACCAUCGACGCCGCCGCGCUGAUGUACGAGGCUGGCGCGUACUUGCACUGGUAUCGCAAGUUUGACUGCCCCGAUCAGGUCCUGGAGAGCGCGUUCGAGGUGGUGCAAGGCAUGCGCGACGCCUACGUCUACGCCGGCGAGCCUAGCUAGGAGGCGGCGGAGGCGGCGGAGGCCAGAUGCGCCAGCUGUGCCAGCAUCUGCUGCUCAAGCGUCAGUGGCGCGUCGCCGUCGUCACUGUCGUCGUCGGAGGAAGAUCCCGAUGAGGAGCCGCUGCUGCUCCCACUCCCGCUCGCGCUCUCGCGCUCGCUCUUCUUCUUGGCCGAAGAAGCAGAAAAGAGGUUGACAACCUCCUUGGACACGUUGGGCGUGUCAAACUCAAGCACGUCGACGGGGGUGGUGGUGGUGAUCUCGCCGCUCUCUUCGCGGGCAAGCACGUUGCUCAGCUUGUCAAGCGCCACCUUGUACUGGGAGCGGUUGCUCUUGAUGGUCUUACGGAAGCUCAUAAAGUCGUCCUCGGUUG